CUCUGCCGCAACGUGAUCACGAUCCUGGAACUCACGCGCCUCCGCAAAUCCCGCAUCGGCCUGCUCCACUGGAUCGAGUUCUGGAACCGGUACUACGGGCGGCGGUUCGGGCGCGCGCUGGCCGCGCACGUCACGCAGGCGCUGGGCCGCAUCGACGCGCUGUUCCGCGCCGUGGCCGACGACCUGCACCAGCUGACGCAGCGGGUGCACCACGCCGUCGCGACGGCGCUGCACACCGAGCGCGAGAUUCUGGGACUGCUCGAGCGCAUGGAGGACGAGGUCGGGGUGCGGCGCCGGCGCCGGAGGAAAAAGGCCCAGGCGAUUCUGGCCCAGAUGCGCGCGCGGCUCGAGGCCAUCCCCGUCAAGGUCAGUGAUGAGUUGCUGGAUGAUCUCAAGCGCGGGGUGUUUGCGUUGGAUGUCUACUGUGACUAUUAUCCGGGG